AUGGAGCAUAUUUCAAAUGUGAACAGCAAGAAAAGCCAAAGACUCGAGUACAUCGAACAAGUUACAGACGAUGUUUCACUCGAAAGGCCCGAAGCGAAGACAGACGACCUUGGCCAAAAUACCAAUAGUGCUGCAGCGGAAAAGAGGCUGGUCAAGAAGUUAGACCUGUAUAUUCUUCCUAUUCCGUGGUUCAUGUUCUUUAUAAGCUGCCUAGAUCGAAACGCGAUAGUUAACGGCAAGCUCGACGGGUUGGACAAGCAGUUACACAUGAAAGGAUAUCAGUAUAACACUUGUGUAGCGAUAUUUUCCGUGGGUUAUAUAGUGGCACAGGUCCCGUGUAAUAUGAUUAUAAACCGGGUCCGUCCGUCAUAUUUCAUGGCCGGGUUUAUGACAGCAUGGUCCAUCACGACUCUAUGUACGUUCUUAGUGCACGACUAUACGACAAUGUUAAUCGCACGCUUAGUGCUUGGUUUCGUAGAGGCACCGUUCUAUCCCGGGAUGCUAUAUAUGCUAAGCAUGUUCUACACGAGGAGAGAGAUUGCCACACGGAUAUCGAUCUUUCACACAGGUAGCACGGCAGCAAGUGCUUUUUCUGGGCUCAUUGCUGCCCCUAUCUUUACGAAAUUAGGGGGCGUCUAUGACCUUGCUGGAUGGCAAUGGUUAUACAUCAUUCAGGGGUCACUCUCGACAGUAGUUGCCAUAUUUGGGUUCUUUCUCUUGCCAGACAGUCCACUUAAGCAUCGGUGGCUGACUCCGGAAGAGCGACAGUUAGCCCAUGACCGUAUUGUUAACGAUACUACAUGGAAGCGUGAAGGUACUAUGAGCGUUAUGAAGGGUUUCAAAGAAGCUGUUCUUGAUUAUAGAACCUGGUUGUUCUGUCUGGCGUUAAACCUUCAUCUAUCUAGUCAUGGUUUUCGGAACUUUCUACCAACUGUCGUCAAAAACCUCGGCCUGGACACCACGACGGCCCUCGUUCUUACCUGCCCUCCAUAUAUCCUCGGCUCUCUGGUAUCAGUCGCCAUUUCCUGGUCUAGCGGUCGCUUUGACGAGCGAACAUGGCACAUCACGCUCUCAAAAGCAGUCGGUAUUAUCGGAUAUGCCAUUAGUAUGGCGACACUUAAUACCGCCGCUCGCUACGUGGGGAUAAACCAAGAAGAAGUUAUGGCUAAUUUAUUCGGUUAA